CUGGUUUGGAUAGAAGACGAAAAAAUUGUGGCGCGCCUACCCAACCCAGACAGCGGCCUGCCUGUCAGUGCCCGGGAUGAGCGAGAGUCGGUAACGUUAGUGCGAGCGAGACCUUGGCUGGGCCACGUAGCGAUGGAUCUACAGUAGCACUGAGUCUACUGUUAACAUAUCAGUGUCAUACAUUCUAAAAAUGCAUUAGUAAACACAUUUGCAAUCGAGCAUGCAAUAGGAUUAUCAAACAGUGGUGAACUGCAACAGUAGCUGGCUCUUUUUGUGCGUCUGCAGCACUCCAGAAUCCCUGCAACUCUGAUUGCACGAAAUGAGAAAGAGAGCGCUCUCACCGAAGGCGGCAGAUUGCAGAUGGCUCCUGAAACGAGGCACAGAAGUUCUGACUGCAGCUCAAAGUCCGGCGUGAAGCUCACCCUCAAGACAGAAGCUUAAAGACGGAAGCCCUAACGGACAAUAUAACACUGACAGCCUCGAGUGAGAGACUAACCUGAGAGGCUUCAUCUGCGGAGAGACCGAAACCUCAUCGAGGUUGAAGAGCAGACACCCCAGCAUCCAGAGAAGCUUUGAGAUUCAAGCUCAACAGAAGCCUAAGCUGUAGCAGAAUGCCACUCACGGUCUGUCCUCAGCCUUUGUCCUGUGGUGAGCAUGGAUCCCCUGUUUGAAUCUGGGUGACGCUUUCUUCCCUUCACCCCUUCCUCCUUCCUGUCUCCUCAGUGGCGGGAGGGGUGGGGGAUUGCUUCCGUUCCCCCUGCCCCUCCUUACAACAUACUCUCACAGUUUAAGAAUACCAACACUGCUAACAAACCUCUGGCUGUGCUUCAACUAGCACUACUACAGUCUUCCCCUCCCACACACAUGAAAUCCUGCCAGAGCCUGAAGGGAGAGGUGUCCAGCCCAGGUGGGAUGUCACAGGAGGGGCGCAGAACGCAGCAGGUGGCCCAGUCCUACUACCACUCCCCCGCCCCAGACCUGGACCUAACGGGCAAGCUGUACAAGCGGGAGGGCGGGGGCAAGCCUUACUCUGUGCUAGUGGACAACAAGAUGGCAGCCAAGACCCCCAUGGGUGACCAGACUCCCAGUCAGCUGUCCCCGCAGCAUGUUACCUCCCCCCAGCAGCAGUACUACCGAGAGGGGACAGUAGGGCAGCAGGGGGGCGCCUCCGAGGACUCAGAGGAAGAGGAGGAGUCAUUCAAUCGGGAGCAGAUCAUCGUGGAGGUCAACCUGAACAAUCAGACACUUAACGUAUCAAAGGGGGACAAGUCCGUCCCCCAAACCGAUGCCUCAGAGAGACACUGCAGCGAGGAGGAGGAGGAGGAGGAGGAAGAAGAUGAGGAAGAUGUGGAAGAAGAUGAAGUUGAAGAGGAGGAAGAAAUAGAGAGCCGUAGAACGAGAGCCAAGAGGGCCCGGCGUGGGGUAGCCCCCGCUACCAGCCAGUCCCGGAGGAAGAGCCAGUUCACCGCUCUGAGCACCACCGGCAUGACCACCAGGGGCCGACGGAAGAAGACCACCCAGCCGCCCAAGAGGACACGCCGGACUGCCAGGGAGGGCAAGGGGACCCCCUCAGCUGGCUCUGCCACGGGGGAUAAAGCGGAUGGGGAGGAGCGGGAGACGCUGGCGUGUGAGAAGUGCCCCCGCGUCUUCAACACCCGCUGGUACCUGGAGAAGCACAUGAAUGUCACACACAGACGCAUGCAAAUCUGUGACAAGUGUGGCAAGAAGUUUGUCCUGGAGAGUGAGCUGGCCUUACACCAGCAGACUGACUGUGAAAAGAACAUCCAGUGCGUCUCCUGCAACAAGUCUUUCAAGAAGCUGUGGUCGCUGCACGAGCACAUCAAGAUUGUGCACGGCUACGCAGAGAAGAAGUUUGCCUGUGAGAUCUGUGACAAGAAGUUCUACACAAUGGCUCAUGUCCGCAAGCACAUGGUUGCUCACACUAAGGACAUGCCGUUCACCUGUGAGACCUGUGGCAAGUCGUUCAAGCGCAGCAUGUCCCUGAAGGUUCACUCGCUGCAGCACUCUGGGGAGAAGCCCUUCCGCUGUGAGAACUGUGCUGAGCGGUUCCAGUAUAAGUACCAGCUGCGCUCCCACAUGAGCAUCCACAUCGGACACAAGCAGUUCAUGUGUCAGUGGUGUGGCAAGGACUUCAACAUGAAGCAGUACUUUGACGAGCACAUGAAAACACACACAGGAGAGAAGCCAUUCAUCUGUGAGAUCUGUGGGAAGAGCUUCACCAGCCGGCCCAACAUGAAGCGCCACCGCCGCACCCACACAGGAGAGAAGCCGUACCCCUGCGAGUUGUGCAGCCAGCGCUUCCGCUUCUCCAACAUGCUCAAGGCCCACAAGGAGAAGUGCUUCCGGGUCACCAGCCCUGUGACUCUGCAGGCCAGCAGCCUCCCCCUGCCUCUCCACCUCUCUGCCCCCUCCUCCUCUGGCCCCGGCCCGGGCCUCGCUCCCUCAGCUGCCACCACCUCCGCCCCUCUGGGCCUCAGCCCGGCAGGAGGGGCUCUUCCCCCACGCGCCCCCGUGGGACACGCCUCCUUCUCCCACCUGCACAUGACCCCCUCUCACCAUCUCCCUCACCACCACACGUCGCAACAGCAGCAGCACCACCCCGGCACGCCCCUGCAAGCACCCCCUCUCCCCCACCACCACCUGCCUGUGCCCCCCGUCUCCCCUCCCCCCGCGCUCUUCAAGAGCGAGCCCCUCACCCACUGUGGGCAGGAGGACAGGGGGUGUUUGCAGAUUAAGAAUAUGUUUGAUAUGUUUUGUGGAUUAACACAAUAG